CUUUGUCCUUCCUUUCUCCCCGUUCCCCACUUCCACUUCUACUCAUUUCAUUGUUUUUUCCCCAUUUCAUAUAUAUAUUUUUAAAAUUUUCAGAUUAUUAGGUUAGGGUCUUUUUGGGGAUAAAAUGUUUGCAUCCAUCGCCAUCGGCAUCAUCGAGAUUGGCUUUUGCGAUUUUGAUUAUUAAGAAUCGUUUAAACAGGGGUGGGUUGUAAGGUAGGGGCAUGGAGAACGGUCACGAUGGGAAAUUAGCUGAGAACCUAUCGGGGUUGGCCUUCAACAACAAUAAUAACAACGACGAUAGCUUGUUCCAGGUCAUGAAAGCUGUUGAGGUCGCCGAAGCCACCAUUAAGCAACAGGCGGAAGAGAACAGUCGAUUGAGGUCUGAACUCCAGAAGAAACUAGAGCAGCUCAAAGAAAUUAAAGGGGAAAGUGUUAGCAAUCAAAAUGUUUCUGCAAACGAAGCUACCGAUACCAUCCUAAAUGGCACUUUGAAUGCAUUUUCUUCUGCUGCUGCUGCUUCUGAUAAUAACAGGGGUCCAGCUCUUUCUGGACUCUCCUCGCCCUCCACGGCUACCUCUUUUUCACAAACUAGGUAUCAGUUAAAAGGAGAAUGCAGUUCACGAUUGUCACAGGGUCUCAUGCCAAUGGCUCAACUAAAUAAUUCCAAUUCCAUUUGGAAACAGGAUGCUUCUGUCAAAGCCUGGGAACAUGAAGAAGAGAUUUUGUUGCGUAAACAACUUGCUGAAUUUUCUGUCAAGGUAGCACAAAUUCGCAAUGAAAAAUAUGUUCUUGAAAAGCGCAUUGCCUAUAUGCGUCUGGCCUUUGAUCAGCAACAACAGGACCUUGUUGAUGCUGCCUCAAAAGCUCUCUCUUAUAGGCAAGACAUAAUUGAGGAAAAUAUUCGUCUAACAUAUCAAUUACAGGCUGCACAGCAAGAAAGAACAACUUUUGUGUCAUCUUUGCUUCCUCUAUUGACAGAGUAUUCCCUGCAGCCACCAGUUCCUGAUGCUCAAUCUAUUGUAAGCAACGUCAAGGUUCUAUUUAAACAUCUGCAAGAGAAGCUUCUUAUCACUGAGUCAAAGCUAAAAGAAUCACAGUAUCAAUUGGCACCUUGGCGGUCGGAUGUCAAUCAUUCCAAUUUUGCCCCCCAAUCUCCAUCUCAUUCCCUUGGUGCAACACUGACAGCUUCAAGCAAAAAUGGUCUUGAAUUGGUGCCGAGGCCGGUUUAUUCCCAAGGAAAGACAGAGAUAAUCUCUGAUGCUCAAACAGACUCAAAUUGGGAUCUUCCUGGUCAGCACCAUGGUGGCUUGGGUGGUGGUGUUGCUUCGACAAAUUUGGAACCUGAUGAUUUGGGGAGGUAUUCACACAUAGCAAGCAGGACUUCUACUGCUAUUGAGGUACCGAUGCAGCUAGAAGGAGCUCAGGGUGACACAAAUACCAUGCGAUAUGGUGAAGAGACUAUUAAUAAACAAGUUAAAUUUCGUGACCCUGUCAGCAAUAGUGAGAUGGAUUAUCCUGAUACUGAGGGACCUCAAAUUGAAAGAGAACCUCCCUCCAAUUGGGGUUCAGGAAACUCACCUUAUACUGCACAUGAUGACCCCAGUUCCUCUUAUCCUCCUUUUCCGCCACCAGUUCUUGAAGAGCCUUCAUCUUCUUUUUCUGAGGCUGCAGAAGAUGAUCCACUUCCAGCUAUAGAAAGUCUCCAAAUUUCAGGCGAAGCUUAUCCAGGAAGGGAACUUCAGGCGUGCGGAUAUUCUAUUAAUGGAACAACCAGCUGUAAUUUCGAGUGGGCGCGCCAUAUGGAAGAUGGAUCUGUUAAUUACAUUGAAGGAGCAAAGCAACCAAACUAUCCUGUUACUGCUGAUGAUGUUGAUACAUACCUUGCUAUUGAAGUUCAGCCUUUAGAUAACAGGAAACGCAAGGGAGAGCUGGUGAAGGUCUUUGCCAAUGAUCACAAGAAGAUCACAUGUGAUCCGGAGAUGCAAGCCCACAUAGAGAAGACUCUUCAUAGUGGUCAAGCUUCAUAUAAAGUUUCAUAUGCGACAGGAUAUCUUGAUAUAUGGGAACUGGCUACAUUGACUAUCAAAAGAGAUGGUUACAGUAUCAAGUGUAGUGGACUCAAUGGUCCUGUGGUUACCGAAAAGUUUUACCCAACCACUCAGAUUAAAAUUACAUUUGAAGAGCCUUUGGAGUUUAUGAUUAUUGGAUCGAAUGGUGUCCAGCGUGUGUUACGAGCAGAUAGCAGCUCACAAGAUUUUAGCUGCUCAAGAGAUACAAUUGUUCUCACCUUGAGAUUAUUUAUCAUACGGGUAUUGGUCUCCACUUUCUAUACUUCUUUUCUUUACACGCUGAGGGGUGUGACUUUGUUAUGCCUGAUUAGUAGCUUCAAACUAUUUGUUUUUUGGCAUGCUGGAUCUGUGAAUCUACUUUUAGACCUUCAAGUGUGAAAAUCCUUUUCUUUUUGUUACUGAAUUAUAGUUUGAUACUUCAAUUUUUAAAUAAAAGCUUCUGAUAUCUAUUUCACAUCAUCAGAAAGAGUCAUAUUGAUACCGACAGGUUCUUGGUGAUCCAAGGAUGAUUUUCCUAUUUUUUUUUUAUAAAAAAAUUAACAUAGAAUUUCUUAACUUCUGCUUUGCUUUCAUACAUAUGUUCUUGAAAAGUGCUUUGUCCUUUAUCUAAUUUUUGUGGCUAUUACCUUGGUUACAUACUUUUUCAUUCUGGACUGGUUGACCGUUAUUCUUUUCUUAAAUUGAAGAUUGAAAGCAUCUAAAGUCCGUUCCUGUAAAAAAUGCACAGGUUUCAAUCAUGUAUUAUUGUUUUUCUGUUUCCCUGUGGAAGGACGAUACUUCCCCUUUUUCUUUCUCCUUAAUUUUUGGCUCAAUUUUGACCGGUAAUAGCUUCUAUCAUUGGUUUUAGCUCCGAAAGUAGUCAUAUGGAGCUCAGACCAAAAAACAUC